AUGACCACGCACCAAAAGCGGGCGCUUUGCCUCGUCAUACACUCCGUCCCGAACCUCUCCAGCUUGUUUCUUGCCAAGGCUCUGCUCCAGGCUUGGGGAACGCCCGUGUUUGAGUCCAUGGUUCGGAAGAUCAGGAACCAUAGCGACUGGUGGAUGAAUAUUCCGAAAGGGAAGGAGGAGGAGUUCAGGGUUAGAGGGAAGCGGUGGGAUUGGAAGAAGAAGAAGUAUUUCAAGGUGGAGGGCGGUGUGGAUGGGUGGGUGCAGUGUGAGAGGCUGGAAGCGGCGCUAUUGAGGUGGAUUGAGGCCAUAGGGGCGGGGGAGUUGGUGCGGAAGGGGAGGAUAAAGGAGGGAGUUUUUGUGAUGGAAGGGGAAGAGGGGGGUGGUGAAGAGCGCCAACGAGGGGCGUGGGGCAGGGAUGGGUCGUGGCCUGGUGAGUUCAACCGUACCUCUCCCAUGACUGCUGGUAACGCCGCAGCACAGCAGAGGCAGGGGUUUUCGGGCAGGGAUGGUUCAUGGGCAGGUGCCCUUAAUCUGCCUCGUGCUUUUGAGGCGCCUCAAAAAGGGUUUUCGGGCAGGGAUGGUUCAUGGGCAGCCGCUGGUAAUCUUAGGCUUCGUGUUCCCCCCGGUUUCCCUGGCUCCCGUGCUUCUGGCCCUCUCAACCCCCGUGCUCCUAACUUCCCUGGCACUCGUGCUCCUGUCAUGGGUACGGAGGAGUGGCAGCAGAGGCUGCAGGGGCAGCACAGGUCGACUUUUGAGUCGGCUCAGAAUUUAACUGUUGACUCGCGUGCUGCUGUCAUGGGCUCGGAGCAGUGGCAGCAGAGGCUGCAGAGACCACUAGGCGGGGUUGGUUCUUGGGCAGGUGGUUUCACUGCCGCACCAUCCCUUGGUACCGGUCUCAACCGUUCUCCACACACGCCUGGACACACUUUCCCUGGUCCCCAAGCAGCUGCUCUCACUCCCAAUGCUGGCCCUGCUGGCCCCACCACGCGUGGCAAGCGCUUGCCCAAGUGUGUGGUGAGACAGGAUCAGAGAGGAGGUGGUGGUGGCGGAGAGUGGUUGGGAGGGGUGCCUGGCGGUAGUGCUGCUUUUCCUUACUCCUCUCGGAACGCGUCUGCGUACAUGUACGAGCGGGGAGAGAGAGCCUUUGGUGGCAGUGAGUGGGCUUUUGAGGCGCCUCAAAAGCAGGCUGAAAAGCGGUCUAAGAAGCGAAACGCUUCCUUUCACACUGCGUGGUCCAUGCUGGUUGGUGGGGCCGCUGUCGGGGAGACUCAGAAGAAUGCUGAGGGUGGAGUUGAGACGACUAGAAACACGGUGCAGGUUGGUGGAGAUGUAGGGGGGGAGACUUUUGAGUCGACUCAAAAGAAGAAUGCUGAGGGUGGAGUUGAGACGACUAGAAACACGGUGCAGGUUGGUGGGGAUGUAGAGGGGGAGACGGAUGGCGAGGGGGGAGACACAGAGAGACAGGCGGGAGGGGAGGGGGGCGAGAUGGGCGGCAGUGACGUGGAGAGGGGUGGCAGUGACGUGGAGAGGGGUGGCAGUGACGUGGAGAGGGGUGGCAGUGACAUGGAGAGGGGCGGCGGUGACGGGGAGGGGGGAGACGGUGAUGGGGAGGGGGGCAACAUUGACCCAGUCCUGAUGGCUCACAAUGGUUGGGAAAAUGGUGGAGAUGAAGAGGAGAGAGGUGGUGGGGAAGGGGAGAGGAGUGGUGGGGAAGGGGCGAGGAGUGGUGGGGAAGGGGAGAGGAGUGGUGGGGAAGGGGAGAGGAGUGGUGGGGAAGGGGAGAGGAGUGGUGGGGAAGGGGAGAGGAGUGGUGGGGAAGGGGAGAGGAGUGGUGGGGAAGGGGAGAGGAGUGGUGGGGAAGGGGAGAAGGAUGGCAGGCGAGGGGAAAAUGAUAGCAGGGAAAGGGAUAGAGAUGGAACUAGGGGGGUUAAGAGUGGGAAUAGGAAUGGGGGUGAGCGGGGUGGUAAGGGGCGAAAGACGGAGAUGAUUGAGGUAUUGGUGAAGGAAGAGGAAUUGAGUGGCAGUAGUGAGAGUAGGAGUGAGAGUGAGAGUGAGGAAGGAUCUAGAGAUAAAGUGGAGAAGAGGAAGGAGAAGGGGGAGGAGACGAGGGAAAAGAAGAGGGAAGAGGAAUGGUAG